GUUCUGGGUUCGAAUAUGCCAGGGUCGUCAGGUGCCACUUUUUAUAACGAUUUUCAAGACUGUAAUGGAACGAAGUGGAAAAAUACCUUUCCUGACCUGGAUUUUGCACUUCUUGGCUACGACGUCCUGCACGGUGAUCCCAAUGCCGAAUGCGAUCCAGGGUUUAAGCACCCAAUAUUCAGGGCUGACUAUUCUGAACUUAGACAAAGUGCAGAUUGUCGUUACAGCAUCCCAGUGGGUCUGAUAGCGUACCCAUGUCAAUCUUGCUUGGUGUCAUUUGAAUCUAAACUUGUCCGAAACAAGCAAGAAAUGUCAAAACUCCUUGGAGGUGCAGCAAAGGUGGAAGGAGGAGGCUGGGGAUUUCAAUUCUCUGCUAGUGCAAGCUAUAGGAGAGAUGUAGCUGAAAUGUCGUCUGGAGAGUAUAUGCGUGUUAUUUCCAGUGCACAUUGCCAGCACUAUCGCAGUAAGAUUGACCUCACGAGACCUCCGCCUUUCCAUCCCGGUUUCAUUGAGUGGGCGACAAAACUAGCUGAUCCGCGGACUUCAGAUGGAGAUGUGUUACAGUUCGUCAAAUACUAAGGAACUCAUUUCUUCUCAGACGUCACGUUUGGUGCAAAGUUCAUCCAAAGCCACAAGAUAACUCAGGGGGCUCUAACGGCCCUGAAGAAAUCAUCUUUCAGCGUGGAAGCCCAGGCGAGCUACUCAGGUUUAUUCAGCAUCGGAGGAGGAUUUUCCAUGAACAGCGAUCAAAGAAACGCUGCGUCAAACUUUUUGAAAAAUGUACAAACCACAACCAUCACCGUUGGGUCUUCCCCACCCAGCAAUGGAGACGCAAUGACUUGGGCAGCGUCAGUUCAAUCGAACCCUGUUCCAACCAAGUACACUCUUACGGGAAUAGAGAAUCUCUUUACUGAUCAUUUUACCAGACAUCUUUCUCCCGAGGUUAACUACGGUAGUUUGAAGAUGAAAUUGGUGAGUGCUGCCUAUAAAUACUGCCAAGUUUUAAAAAUGCAAGGGAAAGUCUCUUCGUGUGAGAACAACUACAACGUUGAAGGAACUGAUAUUGGAUUUACACGUAAAGGUUACAAAUACAUCCGUGACGUAGACAAAGUCACUUGUGAAGAGAUUUGUCUGGAUGAUGCAGACUGCGUGGCGAUUGAAUUCCGUAAUUUUACUUCAACCAUUUGCAGUUUUUUCAAAGGUGAUGUCGAUGGUAAAGUGGUAAACCGAAAAGGAAGCCAAAUUAUAGUUUUCUUAUCACAACUGGCAACCAACAAAAAGGUCCUCUCGCUAGAAAAGGCAAGCUUUCGAGGGUAUGCAUAUAAAGCCACCAGACAUGAUAGUCGACGUUGUCGGCGGCAAUGUCUGGAUGAACUGGAGUGCGACGCUUAUACGUGGAGUUCCUCAAGGAGCCUGAAGUGUUCUCUGUUUUUAGCUAAAGAUAUAAAAAAUAUUCGAUAUGAUUUUUCAUUCCAAGCGGUAUUUGUACAAGACAAAUAAUUUAACCAAUUUAUAUCUAUAAGUAGGUUUCUUCGCAUAUGUUAAAUUCCUGUAUGAAGCAUUAGGGAAUUAGGUAGGCUGUCAACAGCUAAGAUUUGAGACUGCAAGUUUUCAUUAGUUAGAACUUAAUGGCCAGCCGGACUAAUACUGCGUACAAACCUCUCCUAUAUAGGAUAUAGGAGACGUCUGCAUGUAGGCUAUAACUAAACUUCUCCGUUGAUGAUGCGAUGAUUCAGUUGCGCAAGUCAGAAAUAAAACACGUUUGUCCCGAUAGAUUUGUAGAGGAUAGUGGAUCAAUUCCUGCAUUUGUAAACAAUCCUUAGCGCAACAAUAAGUCCUUCUGCAGUAAUACCACAACUCGCCGAGGAAAGCAUUUCAGUAUCAAUUAGUCUAGGCAUCUUCCUGCAUUUCUAAACACGAUGACACUGAAGAGUACCGAAAUGAAUUUUUUGAUUCCUUCAGUUUUACUUCAGAGUCGUAAAGAGGGAGUACUAAUACAUUUGUCUAUUGACCUCUAAGACUCUAAGUCGGGCAAUGAGCUAUGUGCGUAUGAUAACUCGCUUGACAUUGGUCCGACAAUCAAUCACAAUUAAUAAGCUUAGUAGCUUAGCAAAUUUCCUGGAUUCUCCCUUGUUGACUGGCUAUAACAAAUAUGAAUGUUUCAUAUCAUAACAAUAAAUUCCUUAAUAAACUACUUCUUACCUAGUG